AAUACAGUUGAGUCAUUACAAGAAAAUACAAGAAAUUCAUUGUCAGUGGAACGGAAAAAGGAUGACAGAGGUCUAGGAGGGGACAGAAAGGGACUUCUAAGUGGAAAAGACUCAAUUCGGAUAACAUCGCCUGUUUAAUGUUAAAUUCAAGGGUCCUUAUAGCCCUGGGAUAGAGAGAAGCAGUCUAACUACUCAAAAUAGGCUCUUCAGUGAUACUACUGCAGAAUCUUUCCAUGUGCAUGGUCAAUCAUCCUCUGUGAUGUCUCCUCAACAGACAAAUAGAAAGGAGAAUGAAGAUUCGAAACUUAAAUUUCAGAAUAAGAUGAAUACCAGUAGUGCAAUGAUGUUGAUGAAUAACUUGAACUCUUUCACGCUUGACACAUCCAAAAAGUCAUCUAAGUCAGGCCCUGGCAAUAAGAAGAAUAGCUUUAUCAAUAGCAUUGAAGAGACUGGAGAACCUCCUGACACCUCUUCAAUGACCAUUAACCCAAAAGUCAUGGAGGUAUGGUUGAACGAUAUUCUUCAAGAGGCCAAAGAUUUAGGCCUCAAGAGCUGAUUCCUUAAGAAUGAUAAGAAAAAGCCUAUCAACCAGUACGGAAUUGAUAGGCAAAGCUUGCUCAAACAUGGGCUGAAUUCGACUCUUGUGAACAGAGUCUACAGAGGUCUUUUUGUGUACAGUGUAGGGUUCUUCGAACUUCUUAAGAAAUUAGCUGUUGAGUCAAACUCUCGAACCCAUUUAAUGGCAACAAUUUGGAGAGUCUACGCCAUCCUCCUUGAGUUCUGCUGUAAAACUGAUUAUGAACUAAUGAUCUCAGAGAUAACAAGGCUAUCUCAGCAGGAAAAUAUUGAGCUGAGGAGCAAACUAGAGCAAUUGCAAAUAGAAUUCUUUGAAAAAGAAGCUAAAAUUAUUGAAAAAUGUGACGAACUCAAGUCAAGAACUGAAGCUGCUGAGAAGAAGACUGAUAUGUACGUUAUUCACAUUGAGAAGCUUAAUGAAUACAUCGAGGACCUCAGGAGAAGGAACGAGGAAGAGAUUAAUAUAAGAAAGCAAUUCGAAGCAAAACUUAACGAACUUCAUUCUGUUGGCCGAGAUCAUGAUGUCAAGUACUAUCGUGCCCUUGAAGAGAUCGAUGAGUACAUGCAGAAGUUCGAGUUUGUCGAUAAGGAACUCAAAAGAUUUGAGGGAGAAACUAUAGAGCUUAGUAAGGAAAAAGUCAUGCUAGAGACGAAUCUAAUCAACCUUGAGAAUAAAUGUAGCCUACUUUCAAAUGAAAACAUCAGUCUCAACAGGGUCUUGAGGCAGAAAGAUACAAGAAUUUUCCAACUUGAUGAAGACUGUCAGAAUACGAAGAAAUAAACUUGCCUCAACCAUUAAGCAGUUGAAAGAUACCAGCUUGAAAUUAAGUAUUGAUCAGAUGAAGACACAGAAACUUGCCGAAGACCUUGAUGAGCUCACUCAAAAAUAUGACAAGAAGUCUGCACAAGCAAAGACUUAUGAAGAUAGGAUAGAGAGCCUUGAGACUCAGAUCGAUCAAGCUAGGAAGGAUAAACAGAAAUUUGAGAGAGACUUCCACACUAUAAAAGGCCGGCAGGAGGAAUACACCUCGAAGAACAUCGAUUUACUUGAUAAGGUUGACAAAGUCACCGAAGAUCACUCAGCUUUGAGGGAUAAAUACGAAGUUUUACAGGGUAAAUCAGCUCAUCAAGAUCAGAUUUAUGAAGAACUCAGCAAGAACUAUAAAGCCUUGACCAGAACUCUUAAGAAGGUCAACUCAGAGAGGAAGAAAUUGUACGAGGAUGCUGUCCGCAGUGAGAGGUUAGCCACUGAAUUUGAAAAGGAUCUCGCAUCUUCUAAUGAAAAGCUCGAGCUCGAGAAAGUCAACUACAAUAAAAUAAAAGCAAGAUUUUCACAACUAGAGCUUGAAUUCGAGAAUGCAGAAAUCAUCAAGAAUAAGGAACUCAGGAAGAUCGAGAUUGAAAAGGAUGUGGCAGAGGACAAACUUAAGAACGCAAUCGAGCUGAGAGUUCGCCAUAACCACGAGAAGAUAGGUUGGGUCAAAAGAUAUGAAGAAGAGUACCAAACUCAUAUUAAAACCUUAUCUUUGCUCAAUGAUUCUAAGGUAAAGAUUAAGGACCUAGAGGCCGAAAGGAACCGCUUGGCCUCAGAUAUCAAGGAACUGGACAAAUCGCAUAAGAUUGCCUUGAAACUCUCCAAAGAGAAAGAGGUGAAAUAUAAUGAAGCCAUUAAAGAAAAUGAGAAGUUACGCAUUAAGGGCCAGUCUAGUGCGGAUACUAUUGAUAAUAUGGCUGAUAACCACAGAGAAUAUAUCACUCGACUUAAGAAAGAGCAUCGGAAGAUCAUGGCUGAGAGGGACAGCUGGUAUAACCGUGCAUCCAUGGAGCAUGAGGAUGUUUUCAUGCGAGCAGCCAAGUUCUAUGAGGAGAAUAAGGAAAAUAAUAGGAUCCUCCAAAGCUUCAAAGGUCAUCUGAAGCUGUACAAGGAUAAACUGAGGAGAACAAAUGAAGAGCUUGAGGGCUAUAAGAAGAAGCACAAUGUGAUAAAUGCCCAUAUGGAUCAACUUUAUAAGGAAAAUGAGAGUCUCAAAAGUGAAGUUAAGAUAAAAUAAUGACCAAAUUAUCCAGAUUUCUGAGAAACGGCUUGAACUAUACCUUGAAAAGGAAGGUAUCAAGGGUGAGCUUCAGGUUGUUAAGGGAAGAGAAAUCAUUCAGAAACUCGCUUGAAGCAGGGCAUCUGAAACAUCCAUGAGUCAUCGCAAAAACAGCCUUGAGACAAAUACAGAAGCCUUUGAAGGAAAUAGUGAUUUUACUGAAGAAAUUGAUGAACAUAAUAAGAAAUUACAGACUGAUUUUUGUGUUAUGAAAUCAAAGGCUGUCCAAACUAAGUUUGAGACUACAAAAUCUAAGUUUUAUGCUGCAAAUGCUGUUUCUCAAAAUAGAUUUAGCAGUAAGACCUUAAGAUAUCAGAAUUCAACAACACCUCGAUCAAUACUUGAUGAAUUCUCUGUAACAAGUAGCGAGAAAGAAGUAAAAGAGAGGUUACUUGAAAAGGAAAGAACCGCAAUGUGGUCUUCUGGUGGCCCUUCUGCAAAACCAAGGGCUAGUGCCAUAGCUAAUGUGGUGUUUCAAGAAAAUAAUUUCCUUAAUGACCAUUCGUCUUCAAAGAGUAUUCUCCCAGCUCUGAAGAAGACAAAUAAGAGUUCAAAGACUUCAAGGAAUACUAUGUUUUCCUAUCCAAAAUCUCCAGGCCAAAAGAGUGUGGAUAAGUUAAAGCAAAAACCUCAAGGGAAAUUAUCCAGUAAAGAUCUGACUUCCGGAGGAAAGACUUCCCUUAAAGAUGAGCAAAACAAACUUAAGUCAAUUUAUGGGAACAAUAAGUUGCUGAAAAUCGAGGCUAAAAGCUGUGAAAAUCACUGAAAGAGUCCAGAGCCACACUCAAAAUUACUUCCCAAGAAAAUUCAGAAGGAAGAGAGCCUAGAUGAGAGCAAGAAAAGGAUUAAGGGGAUGAUCAAGAGUGCUAUUGUGAGGGAUUAAUGGAUAAAUAUGAGGGUUUAAUGUUUUG